CAACAAAAAAAAACCGAAAAAGAAAAAAAAAACAGCCCAAUAUAAAUCACCGAAAAAGAAGAGAACCCAUCUUGUUUCCAUUUGAUUUCUCGGAAACAAAAACCCGUCGAACACUAAAAACUCCCUCUCUCUCUUUCUUGGAAUCUUGGAUUUGGUAGUGGCAGGUGGAUACAGAGGAGAUGGAUGAUAUGGCGUCUGUAAGAACAUUACUCUGGAUUCUGGCAGUAUUGCUUCUCAUGUACCAGAAGACAGCCGCAUCUGACUUCUUGUCCCCCCUUCUCUCUCCUAUCUUCGAUGAUGUGUGUAAACAAGUGGAAUGCGGGAAAGGGGAAUGCAAGCCAUCUUCGAACAGCACUUUUAUGUUCGAAUGUGAAUGUGAAUCUGGUUGGAAGCAGAUCGAUCAUCACCUCAAGUUUCUCCCAUGCAUCAUCCCCAACUGUACUAUGGAUUUCGCCUGUGGUGAAGCACCUUCUCCUGCAGAAGAGCUGAAACCGACCAAACCCAAGAACGGUUCAUUCAUCGACCCAUGCCAUUGGACCGACUGUGGAGGCGGCUCAUGCAACACGACUUCUCCAUUCACGUACACCUGUGAAUGCCAACAAGGCUACAGCAAUCUCCUCAACGUUUCUGCAUUUCCUUGCUUCAGACAAUGUGCAUUUGGAAUGGACUGUGUGAAUCUUGGGAUUCCUCUAUUCAACAAUUCUGCUUCUCCUCCUCCUGCCUUGGCUGAUAGCAGCAAAAGUCAAGCAACGAGAUUGGAUCGAAGUAGAACUCCGUUCUUGUGGAUGAUGAUAAUAUGUCUCUAUGUUGGCUCAUUGAUGUUACUGUAGAGCUUUUUUUUUUUUUUUUUUUUACAAUAUCAGUUGAUUAUUGCAUCGUACCUUGUUAUGUCAUGUCCUUGUUACAAAUAUAUAAUCUUCCAGG